AUGUCAUUGGUCAACAGGGAGCUGUCACCCAUCCGGAUGCGCCCAGGGCUCCUCAGGCAACGCUCGUCUUUUUUGACAGUUGUAGAGUCGUCCCGCCGUGGCGUUUUUUUUUCGCACAAUUCACCUUCCAACGAAUCCGCUCCUCGCUCGCUCGUUAGAGGCGAGCGCUACUCCCAGAGUCUCGAGGCACAGUUGCUUCACUUUGGCCGCCAGAUGAAAUUCAAAUCUUCUCUUUGGAUUACAGAGAAGGAACGACAAGAUGAGGGUUUGCAGUUUCGCUCUGCGCUUGAAAUUCCUUUUUCUUGCCCGUGUACAGAGGGAAUGAAACCCGUUGCUUUUAUCGUGAAUGCCGCAUUUGUAGAGCAAACCGAUUUGUUUUUUUUCUUUAUGCGACGACCUUUGCCGGUGCGUUGUGUCUGCCAUGGAGUACAUUGGAUAUUCACUGGAGGUCAGUGGCGCGCAAUAUCCGACUCAAAUUUUUGCUUCACAUGGAUGGAAAAACUCUUUGCAUGCGUCAAUCACAUGUUGUCUGAUGCGUGCCCAGUCAAGGCAUCGUCGCAACAUAACGCCUCAGCAUUCAUCAACUGUCCAGGAAGAGAAGUGAAGAGUUACGUACGUGAGUUGAUUCUUCCACCUUCCACAACAAAUGGGCGACAAACCGAGUUUUUUUGGAUUGAUCAUACCGCUAUUUCCUUGCACGGUGUGGCUCUCUUCACAGAUGCGGCCUGGUUCCCAUUAAACGCAAGAGCCGUGAGCCCAUCCUGCAUGUACAAUGCGGAUCAGAUACUGCUUUACCGUUGA